AUGCUGAAAAUAUUGCUGACUUUCUUUGUGGCUUUUGCAGUUUUUGAUGAAGUUAAUGCAAAAUGUAAGUUAUUCUAAAAGUUGUGGGAAAAGUAUAACAAGAUCUCCAGAACCAAAGUAUCAAUCUGUCGGGAAAAUAAUGAACACAUUGUCGCGUCUACAGUUGCAUCGCUGCCGAGGAAAUGAGUUCUGUCACCGCAAAAUCAAUUUUUUUCUCACUUCAGCGGCGCAAUCGGCGCAGCGACAUUGUGCUCAUUGUUUUUCCGGCAGACUGAUAACAGGAAAGUGUAAAAAUUUGUCGGCAUCAAACAAGAUAUGGCAUUCACCAUUCCAAAGCCUUUGAAAAGUAGUAUGUACUACAGUGACCUGAUCUUGUGGCAAAAUAUGUAUUAUUUUGCAUCCGGGAAGUAUCAAAAAAUGUAGCAAAAUACCUCCCUCUCCAAGUUAAAAAACUCCGAUUUCAAAAGCGCGCCCGCUAUUUUUGUGAGGGAGCCCUUCAAAACGGAGUUUUUCACUUGCAGAGGGAGGCAUUUUGCCAUACUUUUUAAUACUUCCCGAAUGCAAAAUGAUACGUUCUUUGCCACUGGAUCAGGUCCGUCAUUGUACGCCUUGGCAAUAAGCCAUUAAAGACAAAGCAUAGUCACAUAUUUCAGUGUUCAUAAUCAGGCCCAGACCACCCUCCUCCCCCUCAUGCGGUUCUCCGUCUUGCCCUGUCAGCCGAAAGCCCACACCAAUUCCGACAGCUCCGAUAUACCGCCCGAGAGUUCAGCCGUCUUACGUUCCUAUUCCUGCUUAUGACGCCCAAGGUCGAGACGGUAGAUACCGUUCAAGGGUUCAGCCGUCUUACGUUCCAAUUCCUGCUUAUGAUCCCACAGGUCGAGGCGGUGGAUACCGUCCAACACUUCCCCCAUCCUAUGUUCCUAUUUAUGACUAUGAACGUGAUGAUGCCAAAGGUCGAAACAGUGGAUAUCGUCCAAAAGUUCCCCCAUCCUAUGUUCCUAUUUAUGACUAUGAUCGUGGUGAUGCCACAGGUCGAAGCGGUGGAUACCGCCCGAGAGUUCAGCCGUCAUAUGUUCCUAUUCCUGCUUAUGAUGCCACAAGUCGAAACGCUCGAUACCGCCCAAGAGCUCGGCCUUCCUACAUUCCCAAUUAUGACAAAGAUCAUGAUGACGCCCAAGGUCGAGACGAUCGAUACCGCCCAAGAGUUCCCCCAUCCUACCUUCCCAUUUACAGCUUUGAUCACGAUGACGCCACAGAUCGAGACGAUGGAUACGUGGGGAAGCCGCAGAAGAGCGGGUCGGAAUAUUACCGUUCAAGGUACAGUAGAAGGAGAACUUGAUAAAAGAAAUCUUGAGUUUGAAUAUUGGAAAUAAAAGUUUGCGCCGCUGCCGAAAAAAUUAUUCUUUUUUCCAAAGAUUUCUCAAACUUCUCCAUUUUUCCUUCGCUUCGAAGUGAUCAACAUUGGCUUUACGAACUUGACAUCCAAUACGAUUGAUGGCUAUUGUCCCAGGCAAAGCCUUUCGUGCCUGUGAUGACAUGGGUGGACAGGAAAAACCGACCGCUCUCCGAGGAGAAAAAAUUGGAAUUCGUCUGUAUUUUUGUUUCAAAAAGAAAGUGCUUUUUUGAGUCGUUAUUUUCCCGACAGACUGAUAUAACUUUAAGCCAUCAAAUCCGAGAAAUUUUGAUUCAAAAAAAUGAACCUGGCAUGCGACGAAACCGGGAACCGGUUAACGGCAUUCCCGGCUCGAAACUGGAAUCGACCGCCCUACAAAACGCCGGCGCCUUUUGUUUCGGAUCCGGAAGUCGACGGCAAAACAUUUUUGAAGUUCAACGGAAAGCGGUUCGCGUCUUCAGUUGCGGGAUUUAUGAAAGUGAUAUUGCAGUUAGGAAUUUUUUUAUCAUCUUUGUUUCCUACACUUAUUUCUAGUUAGCGUUUUGAAGAAAAGACCGAGAUUUUUUUAGAUCGAAUCUUGGCAAAAAUGUGAUAACUUUUAGCGCUUUUUCGAAUGACAAGUUUUAUACGGGUUCCUGCCGUAAAGCGGGUAAUGUUUCAACAAACACAAUUAUUUUUACCGCAUAAAAAUGGCAAGGGCCAAAAAGCCUUUUUCUCCUUGACCGCUCUCGGCGUUUGCCUACUCUCUCGGCGGCGAAGAUCGUUGAAUAUCUUGGUUGCUCGUGAAAAGCGAUGUCUAAGACUUUCAAGAAUUAAUAUGUGGCAUGAGCCUGAUAUUUGCGCAAAAUUUAAUUAAAAUCUUUAAAAAAGCCUUCGCUUGUCAAACUUUUAGUGCCUUUAUUAUGACCUUUUAUUGUCAGAGAUGCUUACUAUAUCGUCUAUAAAGUCUAUAAAGCGUCUAUAAAGUUCAACCCGUCAUUCUUGAAUAUUGAAAAUGCUGUAGAGGUAACUAUUUUUUUAAUUCCAAUCCUUUUCCCUCCCCAAUUUUUGUGCUCUAAUAACUUCCCGCUCUAGCUCCAUAAAAACACACUUCUAAAGGAAUUACUUCCAUUUUUCAUUUCUUAUGUGUUUAUACGCGCGCCGGAAGAAGAGGGCUUGAUUUCGGCGAGAUACCGAAAAACAAGCGAUUUUUCACAGUGUUGCGCAAAAAACUUGUCGAACGAAACGUGAAAACCUCGGUAAAUCAAGUGGCGCUACGACUCGACAGUUCGGGUCAGCGAUACUAUGGAUCGCUUCGGUUGGUCGUUGUAUGGAUGUGGGAGGCUAGGAGAAGGCUUAGUUAGUAUAAAUAAUAAGAUUGAUGGAGUCCUAGAAUAGCUUAUGACCUAGAGGUAUUUUACAUGUACUCACAUCCAUAACAUCUAGAUCAAAGUUACGGAGCUUUGUUUUUUGCCGCAAAUUUUGGUUUUUUAUAUGUUACAGUAAGUCAGAGUAAAGAAAACUAACGUUAACAAUAGCAAAAAUUACAAAAAAUGGACAUAUUUCAAGCCUUCGCCAAGCUGUUGCCGAGUCUCCGCCGAGUCUUCGCCGACCAUCCAAUGGCUUUGUCAGGCCUCGUAGACACUUCCUACAACCUUUUUUGGAUAUCCACCAGUCCUACGCCCUGUAUCGAUCCUCUUUGUGUUAACCCGAGCUUUUAUCGACCCUAAAAAUCAGUCUGCGGUCAAAACGGGUCUGGAAAUGCGCUGAAUUUGACGUGCCUCAAUCCUAUGUACGCCUAUAGGCCUGUAAACUUUUAUUGUACGAAUUCUUAGCUCUACAUCAAGAAAUAAAUAGAAGAUUUAUAGCCUGCUAUUUCAGAUAAACCUACAAUUUCCAUUCUCCAACAUGCUUGUGAAAACAAUGGUUUCCUUAGCGGCAUUGGGUAAGCCUCAUUUUUUACAAGUUUUUUUUGUCGGAGUGAUUACUUGGCCCAAUGAUUUCUUGUUGUUUCAGCGCUUCUGGCCUUUUCCGUUCCCCUGCCAAGAGAGGAAGUCCCGAUCUGCCCCAGCGGAUCCCAGCCAAUGUUGCGGCCGGAUGGAGAGCCCAGAAAAUGUCUGCCCCAUCAAAGUCAUCUCUGUCUGAACGCCUUGGACGAUGGGGUAUGUUUAUUUAGCGGGGUUGGAAGUUUAAUAGUCAAACUUGGAUGUUUUAUAGUAAUUUUUGUUUUUGCUAUCGUAAGAUAGCAAUUUUUUCUUUUGCUAUUGUAAGAUAGCAAAAGCAAUUUUUUUGCUCCAAAUCCAAAGUUCAAGCAAAAAAUCCUUUUUUUCGAUAGCCAUACUAUCAGUCUGUUAGAAAAGUAAUGAGGGAAAUGUCGCUGCGCCGAUCGUGUUGCUGAAGUGGAACGCAAUUGGAUUUUGCCGCGACACAAUUCAUUAUCUCGGCGGCGAUGCGAUUUUCGUUGCGACAGAGUGCUCGUUAUUUUCCCGACAGACUGAUUCUAAUCUGUUCACAAAGUUGCUUGUGGGAUUUUGGCGUCAAAACACUGUGAAAAAAGAGCUCAGGAUGCUUGUGUCAGCCUCAAAAAUUCUAUUCCACAUUACUGACAGUCCUUUUGCAAAGUCGAAUUACUAGUCGGGAAUUGUCUUGAAAUUCCUACAGUGCCCAAUCUGAUACCGUGGAAAAAAACUUAUCUUUUUACAUCCAGGAAGUAUCAAAAAAUGAGGCAAAAUUCCUCCCUCUCCAACUAAAACAACUCCGUUUUGAAGAGUGCGCCCUUUCCUUCACAAAAGAGCGGGCUGCUUUUGAAAUCGGAGUUUUUCACUUGGGAGGCAUUUUGCCACAUUUUUUGAUACUUCCCGGAUGCAAAAUAAUUCGUUUUUUUCCAUUGCAUCAGGUCCGUCACUGUAGUGGCCAAGCCAAUUUUUCUCGCUGACUGUUUCUUUUUAACUUUAGGCCGAUCCAAAUUCCGUCUGCUGCUGGCAUAACAAGGUCGAUUACUUCUGCUGUACGAAUGUCGCUGAGGCCCAUUGUCCGGCCUACUCCAAUGUAACCGUUGUGAUCCACAACAGCUUCCCGCAGAACUCCUUCCCCAUCAAAACGUUCCAUUUCCGAAAAGGCAUCGAAAAUGAUCUCCGAUUACAAUGA